UAUUCUUGUACCCUACUAUUGGCAAAGCCCAAGGGAGCCGGAGGAGCGCGUCGAUCCUCAAUGCAGCUUAGAUUCCAAAUCUAGGGCUGCCGUGAUCGUCUGGCAAGGGCAGAGGUGAGUGCGCUGCUGGUUUGCGGCCUACUGUUGGCGAGGCGGAAGGAGGCUCCAGCCGUUGGAUAAGUGCAGUAACGACUCCUCAAUCUCUUUUGUGCUUUCAGCAACGACUCACAAUGUUAACACUGACCAGAGUCCACCAUGGAGAGGAAGAGAGCUGCUGGUCCGAAGAAACUACACACUCAGAAGCGAUCCGACGUCAUGCUCGAAAGGACCCGCCCACUGGAUCCGAUUAACCGAGCUCGAUCAGGAGCAGGAGAAACUGAUCAUGAUGCAUCCGCGUUGCAGGCUGCUCCUGACGCUGAAUAUGUUCGGCAAUUCCUCGCAAUGGCGCAACGCUUGGAGAGAUUCAAGAUGCUCUCGGCGAAUGUUGUGACCGGGAUCGUGGAAUCGAUCCAAAAGGGAGGGGAGACUCCAGUUGCAGCAGCAGGCCGCUUCUGCAGCAGCUACGAAGUGCUCGCUUGUGUUGGCCAGGGGGCGUCCGGGAAAGUAUACAAGUGCCGUAGCAAGGAGGACGAACAAAUCUACGCCAUCAAAGUCAUCAAGGUUCGCACAGCAACGAAGUCCAGAGACCAGGAUGUCGCGCUCGUCUUCAAGGAGGGAGAGAUGUUCCAGCGCUGCGAACACCCCAACAUAGUCAAAUACUUCGACAUGUGGAAGGAGGAAGGCGAGCCGGGCAAGUCGAAAGUGUACAUUGUCAUGGAGUUUUGUGGCCGCUCGCUCCAGUCGGUGCUCCUCGGCGGUGAGUCACCACCUGCAGAUGCGUUUAGGCAGCUUCUUCAAGCUGUGGCGCAUGUAGGCAAGGGAGGACUUUCAACGAUAAAAUCAUGUUGGGUUUAUGGUAUGGCCCAUCUCGCACGACAACGUGGGUGUUCAUGGGGAUAUAGCACCACACAACAUCUUCGUCACGGAUGA